UCUACCGCCAAAUCAAACAUUUCAAAGAAGAAAUCUUUUCCUUCUCCAAGGAAGAUUCGGUGAAAGCGGCUUGCUUGUGAUUGUCAAUUGUAAACAAGUCGGCGAUUACGAUUCAUCCCGCCCUCAACUAUGUACGCUCGCACGAACGCCGGCAGCUCGCACGGAGAUUUCCCGGACAGAAACGGAGUCAAUUAUGUGACAUCGACAGAGUCUUUCGGCCACUGCUCACAAUUGUUCUGGAAAAAGGACCCAAACGACUCGAGUUCGACCAUCAACUGGUGCGAUCAGCUUCCUUCGUCGUCCGCCGCGCUAUCCGGCUCCACCCUCUCCUCGGCGUCGCUCUCCGGCUCCAGCCUCUCUUCCCGAGCUCCGGUCCCCGCGACGUCUACGUCAGACGAGGUGGAUUCAGACGAGAGGCCGUACGUCUGCGACCUGUGCAGCUGCGCCUACAAACACGCCAGCUCCUUACUCAACCACAAGCUCACUCACAAAACUGGAGACUUCAGAUGCGACUUUUGCAGCAAGCCCUACACCAACUACAUGUCCUUACGGAACCACAUGCGAAUCCACGGUCAGAAGCGCUACAUGUGUGACCGCUGUGGGAAAGCCUUCCGCUUGGCACGAUACCUGCGCAACCACCAGAGAAUCCACGACGACGGGCCCAACCGCUUCGACUGUCCUUCCUGCUCGAAAAGUUACAGGACUAUGCUGGAGCUGGCUCAACACCGGUGUAAUGUCCAGUCCUCAUCCAGCCAGAACCGAUUCAACUGCCCGUCCUGCUUAAAGAGCUACAGAACCAUGCUGGACCUGGCCCAGCAUCGCUGCAGCGCGGCGCCCAAAAAACAGUCUACCAGCCGGCGUUCAAAUUUCGCUGCCAAUCCUCGCCGACAGCAGCAGCAGCAGCAGCAGCAGCAGAACAAUGCUUCGUCCAUGAUGCAGCACGGAGGACACGGUCAACAGGAAGCUCUGCCCUCCCACUGCGUAUCUCCCAUGUCUCAAGGAGGCCAGAGUGGUGGCCUGGCCAGUCAGUCUGUCCCUGACCACCAGGUAGGGAGGAUAUACCAGGUCCGUCCUAGCUCUGUGUCGUCCCAGAGCAGCCAGCAAAACAUGAGGAGCUCCUCCUCCUCCAAACACAUCUCCUCUUCCAGCACUACAUCCUCUUCCUCCUACUCUCUUCUCCAGCCCCUGGUUCCUGAGGUAAAGGAGAUGAGCUUGGGAUACACUAGGCUGAGCGCCAAUCCAAUGCCCAAACACCAGGACACGUUCUCUCUGGCUCCUCAGCGGCCGCUCACCACCAUCAACCCCAUCGCCCACUCCCUCCAUGCCAACGGAGCGCCCGCCCUCAAGCCUUCGCCCGUACCACGUAGCAUCCAGUCCAUGCCCUGGGAGCAGCGCUCGCUCUACAAUCAAUAAGGGCGACCCUCCUCCUCCUGGCAUCCUCACUCCUCCUGGCAGGACGUGGACGUGGACGUGGACGUGGACGUGGGCGCCCUCGUGAGUCCUGCUCCUUCUGGACCUUGUAUGUGGGAGGGGAUGUGCAAACAUUCACAACUAGUUGACAUUACUGAGUAGUUCACUCUUUUGUGUGUUGCCUUACCUUCAUGUAUGAUCCACACCUUCAUGUCCUUUCAUAACCCAAAAUAUAUCCUCACCCUCCUUUUGGAUGACAUGACCUGCUUUUUGAAUAAAUGUUGACUAGACCUUCAAGUCCCACAUGAAGUGGCUAACUCCUCUCCUUGCGCUUUGUCAGGUAAACUUCUAGUCAGCAGCCCAAAGGAGCAUCGUGCACAUCAGCCACCUUCUUAUUAGCAGCCAUGUGAUUUUUUUCCCCUUUUAGUCGGAAAUCCAUCUUUUUUAUAUCUGUAAAAAUAUUUUUAAAAUGAUUUAACGUUUUUCUUCAUUUUUUUCCGACCUACAAUGUGUUAAAAUCUUGAUCCGUCUCUUUGCCAUACCUGCUAACAACUACGGUUUUCCCGUAAUGAGUACAGUUUAUGAUAAAAACUACGGAUUUCCAUUAAAAAUUAUGAACUUAAAAAUGGAAGCUACGUUGUGAAGCUACUCCACAGGCAGGGGACAAAAUAUAUGGUAACAUCAAUGAUGAUUGGUUGGUUUACGUAUAAGAACAUCUAUGAUUGGUUGGCUGGUUUACUAUGAUGAGUCAUUUUUGGUUAAGAUUAGGGCAAAAUAUUACAGACAGGACAAUCAGAGGCAAGAUAGGGCGGGUCAUGGAACCAGGAAGGGAGAUCUUUUUUUGUGUUUUUUUUUAUUUAUUUUUUUAUGUACCUUUAUUUAUAAAGUUCAACAUUUACAAACAAACAUAUGAACAAUGACAAUUA